CAACUUCAGUGUCCAUCUGAGACUCGGGUCCGACUCUGUGGUAACUGUCGUGUGGCGCACUUGUCCAACUUCGUCCGGUGUCAAAAGCAGACUUACCGGAGGGAGUUACCGGCGCGGUUUCAAAGCUCAUCUCGGUGGGAGUUUGUUCCAGGAGGUAACGGAGGCGAGAAUUUACCGGAUCUGAAACUUUUUCCACCUCAGAAAACAGUUUAGAAAAAAAAUGGCAGACAGCGUGGAGCAUGAAGUCUCUUCCACCACUCCUCUGUUCAGUGAGGAGGUGCACCACUACCAGGCUGAGGCCGAGCCGGACUCCGAGCUGGACAAGCCCAAACAAGACCUCUUCAGCGUGGAUGAUAUUGUGGACCUGGUCGGCGGGGCUCAGGACGCCUUGGACCGUCACAUAGCUGAAGAUAGUGCGCCACAUGAGUUCACAGAAACUCCCACCGCUCCUGCAAAGGACCCAGUAACAUUACCAGAGUCUUUCCACGUAACGGAGCCAGAGCCAGUGUCAGUACCAGAGGUAAAGGAACCUGAACCGGAGCCUGAGGUAGAGACUGCAAUCCCAGACUCCACCAGCCUGUCUUUUCUUCCUGAGACCCCUUUAAUUGCCGAGGAACCCGAAGUUGUCGCCCCCAAAGUCGAACCAGAGAGUACAAAGAUCGUACCGGAGCCACAGGCUGCCCCCGAGCCAGAACCUGCCCCGGCGAGCGACGCCCUCCCAGUGGCUGAACCCCGGACAGCAGCCCCAGCCCCCGCAGAGGCAGCAGAGCAACCUGCGGUGACAGAGGAACCACCGGCUCCAGCAUCGUGUCUUCUUCAUGGCUGGAAACUAAACCUUGACAGCAGAGAUGUACCUUCUCCUUCUAAAGCUCAGCCUCAUCCUCUGAUGCAAUUCCCUACAGCACUUGGGCAGAAGGGUGAUUCCCCUGCUCCCAUCUCUCCUCUCUCCCCUCUUCACUCCCCUGACUCUCUGGAGGAGCUCUCUCUGACCGAGAGUCCCAACCAGCCCCCUACUUCGGGAUCUGCUGCACCCAUGGGCUCCUUCUCCACUGACCCCCCUACUACUCAUUCCAAGGACAUGCCUUGGGUGGGUGAAGAGGGUGACUCUGGACCAGGCCGUAGUAAGAAUAAGGAAGACCUUCUAGAUCCAUUAGCUGGUCCUUACCUGAGUUUAGGGAAAGACCCAGGGCCUCAUAAUCCGUGCGAAGACAGUGGAGUUUCCUUUUCACCUGAGGAGAAGCUGAUUAGCUCAGACAGGUCCUCCACUGGCCCCUCCCCUGUGAAUCCCCAGAUGAUGGUUCCUGAGUCUCACCUUGCCUCCUCUAACCCAACAGAGCACUGGGAUUCACCAUUUCUAGCAUCUCAAGACAACUCCAAGGUCUCCAUGGAUACCUUCUCCAAGGACACAGCUCCCAUUAGCUCUUCCAGGUAUGAGCAAGACCUGCAGGGCAACCAGUCUGAUGAAGAUGAUGACCUGAUGUAUGAGGUGAAGAAGAAUAAUAACCCAUUCGAGGGCUAUUCCCCACUGGCGGACAGUGGCUACUCCCAUUUUGGAGACUCCAAGUCCGACAGCAGGGCCUCAAAAAUGUCAGAGAGUCCCACUCCAGAUCUGGUCCAAUAUGGCCAGAGUGGAGAAUCCCAGGAUAUUCCACCCUCUUUCUUAGACGAGGGGAAAACAUUUGAGAUGAGCAAGACGGCUACUGACUCGCUCAUGCAGUCAGUAAAUCAGUUCUCAUCUGGUCUGAAAAACGAUGAUGAAGAGGAAGAGGAAGAGGAGGAUUCUGCUCUGCCACCAUCGCUUCCAGACAUCCUGAAGUCUUCUCCACUCAACCAUGACAAAAUAGACUCCGGCUCCUCAGAGGGAAGCCCAGAGGAGCAGAGUCCUAUUCUUGAACGGAGGAUGAUGGAGUCCCCCAACCCACCAAUCAAUCUGUCCGCUAACAACCCGUUUGCCUUUGAUGCUAAAGUGUCCCUGCUAAAGGAGAUGACUGAAGAGUUGGAAGUGAAAACAGCUGACAAAGCAAAAGUCGAAGACGACAAAAGCUUUGGCUCAUUUGAUCUUGUCAAAGAGGCAGAGGAAACCACCCCAACUAAGGUCAAAGAAGAGGAACCUGUCAAGAUUGAGCAGAAAGAUUGGUUUUCAAGCCAUGAUGCUCCCAAAAUGAAGGAAAAGUUUGAGCCACUCGACUUCAUGAGCAAAAAGACCCCCGCUGAGGACUCCGAUUCAGAAUCGCCAACAGCAGACUCACUGUCACCAGUCCUGGAAGCCAUGGCCAAGAACCCUGCCAGCUUCCAGGUGGAAACGGAGAAGAAGGACCUGACGAUGGAGUUGGAGGAGCCAGAGGUGGCUGAGGAGGUCUCUGAGCAUGAAGUCUCCUCUGAGGAGUUCGAGUUCAUUGAGCGACCACCCAGGGGUGUUAUCGAUGAGUUUCUUGAGGCUCUGGAUACUUCCAAGUUUGCCUCCUCCAAGCCCCCAGAGAUCCCCAUGGAUGAUGAUGACGAUGAUGAUGACGAUGAUGAUGAUGAUCUAAGCUUUGGGCAGAAAGAUGUGGCUCCAGUUGCUGCUCCGCUUCUGACAAACGAAGCCCCGGCCCCCAAGGUUGAAGAAGAGGCUCCAAGUCAGAGCUCCUACCGCCUCCUCACCCAGGCUUCCCCCCAGAAGAGCAAGGCAGAGCUGGAGAAGCUCGACAUUCAGCAGCCCCCAUCCCAAGCUCCACUCACACAUUCCCCUGUCUGCAAACCAGAGGAGGCGGUCGCUAAGAAGAGUGCGGAGGGUGGCAAACUGUUAAAGAUGCCAAACGUGAACAUAAGAGCAGUGGUGGAUCUCCUCUACUGGCGUGAUGUGAAGACCACGGGUGUGGUGUUCGGCGCCGCUCUGCUGCUCCUCCUCUCUCUGAUGGUGUGCAGCAUUGUGAGCGUCUGCUCCUACAUCGGCCUGGCUCUGCUCUCCGUCACCAUCUGCUUCAGGAUAUACAAAGGCAUCCUGCAGGCCAUUCAGAAGUCAGAUGAGGGACACCCAUUCAAGCAGUACCUGGACCAGGAGGUGGCACUGUCCGAGGACAUGGUCCACAAGUACAGCGACAUGGUUCUGGCCAAACUCAACAAGACCCUUGGUGAAUUGAGACGCCUGUUCCUGGUCGAGGACCUGGUCGACUCCAUCAAGUUUGCUGUGUUGAUGUGGAUCCUGACCUACGUCGGUGCCUUGUUCAACGGGCUCACUCUUAUUAUUCUGGGUCUGAUUGCAGUGUUCAGCUGCCCGAUCGUCUACGAGAAACACCAGGCUCAGAUCGACCACUACCUGGCUCUGGUCAACAACAAGGUUAAAGACGUUGUUGGAAAGGUCCAGGAGAAGGUGCCUGGGAUGAAACGCAAAACAGAGUGAAGUAACGACAAGUCGGAGUUUGGAUCCAGGAAGUCCUGAGAGGAAGAUGGUUGGAGGGGGAGGGGGUGUGUACGGGUGAGGGAGGGGCGGGGGGGUGUGGAUAUGAAGGAAGUCUGGAGGAGGAGAGGAGGGGUCUGGCGUGGACGCAGCCCUUCUAACUUUAUUCGUCAAAAUAAUAAAAACACUUUUUUUCCAGUUCAGAAUUCCUUUUUUUGUGUUUUCUGGAAAAGUUGAAGCAGGUCCGAGUUGAGCUGAGCUUCAUGACACUGAGGUCGGCUCGAUGACACUUUUAUUUUUUCAUCGAGUUUUGAAAUGUUUGUUUCUGUGAGACGGUGAGACUCACAGAAACACAUUUUAAUCUUGAAUGAACCCUCCCUCUCCCCACCCAGUGCAUUGUGGGAGGGCAGAUGCUCCUUCAGCCGGGCUCGGUUAGAUUUUUCGGCUUUUUUCCUUUCCCUGCCCACCGUCGGAGCGGAGAGAUUUUUUUUUCUUCGUCUGCUGUUUUUGAGAAAACGAGAGCGAGCAGCAAACAGCACCUCAUUUGUAUUUUUCCUUAUUUUGGUAUGAUUACUGAGUUAGAAGUAUUUUGUGAUUUUACUGUCGUGUCCUUCAAGCUUUGAGCUUGUUUCCUCGGUAACCUGCUGCGUGGUUUCGCCUCGAUGUGACGAAAUUUGUGAACGACGUCUUUGACUCCUGAUGAGGCAGCGGGCGGGGGUGGGGGGGGGGGGGGGGCUUGUACUACCAUUUAAAACGUCAUUGCUUCUGAGUAACUCUAGCUAGAAACACCUAGAAAACCUUUGCCAGACAAAUAAAACACAUUAAUUACAUGAAAGUCGUUAUUUCCAUGUCAUUGCAGCUGUCUAGUAAUGAAAACUCUGGAAGAAACACGUUUACAUUCAUCCACAUCAGAUAAAAUAUUUAAAAAGUGAAAAAAAAAAAUGAAAUGGGAUUUAAAGAAAAAAAUAACCAUACUGUCUGUGGAGCCAAUAUCUUAAUAAAGUUGCAACUUGAUGUGACUUUGGGAAACCUUCAAGCAUUUGUUUGUUAUGCAAGUAUAAUUGUGAAUGAUAAACUUCAUACUUCAAUUGUGACGAUAAAAAGCUUCCAGCUGGGAGCCGUGUUUGUGGAAUGCAUUGUGAGAUGUAAACAAUUAUCAAUAAAGCUUCUAGACGAAGAAA